AUGGAUACAGUAACGGAGACGUUAUUGAUUACCGAGACUGCGAUGGAUAAAUUAGUUGUUCAAAAUGAUGCUACAGUAAUAAAUACGAUCUUUGUGGAUGAGUAUUUCCAACAAUCUAAAUCACUUCCUUUUGCCCUAACUACAGUUUCUACGGCCACUGCGACAGUUGUUAACAAGAACGUUGGAACAGCAACUAUUACAGGUAGGGUGACUACCACAAUAUCAGAUCAAUUGAGUACUUCAUCGACCUCGGCCUCUUCGACACAUUCUGCAAACAGUUCUAACCUUAACCACACUAGCUCUCAAAUGUCAAAAUCGAGUAAUAUGCCUACCAGUACAGCGGCUGCCAGGGCUACUAGCUCCGCUUUAGUUUCACCAAUUGCUAUACCAGGUUUUGGCAAUUCAUCUAAGAGUUCCAAUGGAACAAUUCUAGGUUUAGCAAUUGGUUUACCAAUAGCUCUGUUUAUCAUUGGAUUAGCAUGUUUAUUGGGAAUGUUUUACUAUAAGAGAAAAAACGGUAUAACUGACCUGGAGAAAGAAGUUAAAACUAGUAAACGAGACAGGUUCUUAUCUAAAAUAUAUGGAGCAAAGGACCCAAACAUUGGUGAAAAAAACUCGUCCGACUACGGUAAGGAGAAUGACGAAGAUGAAUACUUUGAUUCGGCUAUGAACUCGAAAGUGGCUUAUAGACUGAGCAAGCCAUAUAUUUCACCGCCUACACUUAUUAAGACUCCCCAAAAGGUCGCGUUUCCCACAAAUCCCUACAGGAAAACUAAAGAUAUCAAUGAAGAGACUUAUUCUACUUCUUCGUUGAACCAGGUUCAAUUUCCAAAACCAUUAGCUUCACCUUUCAAAAAAUGGACCUAUGAAUCACCCUUGUCAAGAUGGUUUUUGACAAAAUCCACCCUAAUCCAAGAUAAGAUGCAAACCGUAAAAACACCGACUAUGCAUCUAAAACAAUUGAACAUUUUGGCUAGAGUUAAUAAGAGCAAAAUCACCGUUGAUGAUGAGAUGCCAUACACAGAAGCCUCCCCAAUGCUUCCAACAGUUCCUACAUCACCAUAUGACUCUAUUCAACCCUUACCAACUGGAAUACGCUAUGAAUCAACCCUAGUUCCAGUUAACGAAACUGAAUUUUCUGGCGGCGGCCAAAAUAUAAAGCCACAAGUCCUUGAAACUAACAAUAAAUUCGUCUAUCCACCAGUCGUUAAACUAGACAAUAAAAUCAAGUCAAAACCUCUACCGAAACCACCGUCGUUUGUUAAGUCGCUUGAUCCGGAAUUACGGCGUCAUAGCAAUCAUAGUGCAGCUGAGAAACAUGACUUAGGAUCAGCCAGAAGAUCAACAAUUGAGGAACAAGCGAAACUUUUCCAGGUAGUAAAGGACUACCAAGCCGUGUUAAUGGAUGAAAUUCACAUUAAAAGAGGCGAGAUAGUCCGUGUGCUUGCUCGGCACACUGAUGGAUGGUGUCUGGUUGAAAGACAUGAUGCAGCAAAAUCAGGUUCUCUUGAUGGGCCAAGUUACUUGAAUGAAGAUCGUGGCAUUGUUCCUGGAUUAUGUCUCCAAGAGUGCACUUGA